AUUGCUGGCCAGUAGACAGUAGUCAAGUGGUAAGUCAAAGAGAGAGAGAGAGAGAGAGAGAAGUGCCUUCCAGCCAUGUCCAGCUCAGCUCAUUAUCUCCUCCUCCUCGCUGCCUGCCUCCUCGUCGCCGCCGUCGCCGCCACCGACCACAUCGUCGGAGCCAACCGCGGCUGGAACCCCGGCAUGAACUACACUCUCUGGUCCAACAACCAGACCUUCUACGUCGACGACCUCAUCUCAUUUAGGUACCAGAAGACACAAUACAACGUGUUCGAAGUGAACCAAACGGGGUACGACAACUGCACCACGGAAGGGGCUGUGGGAAACUGGAGCAGCGGAAAAGACUUCAUUCUCCUCGACAAGGCCCAGAGGUACUACUUCAUUUGUGGCAACGGUGGUUGCUACAGCGGAAUGAAGGUUUCCGUCAUCGUUCACCCGCUGCCCUCGCCGCCUUCUGCUGACCUCGCUGCCAACAAAUCUGCCGCUCCUCUGGUGGCUCCAACCGCGGUGAAGGUUGCGGUGGCCGUGGUUUCGUCGAUUUGGUUCGGAUCUGGCUGGAUCUGACGGUGGUGGUGUUGGUUGUUGUAAGAAAAAUGGAAACCAUUCUCGUUUUCCAGAUUUUAGAAUUGUUUCCUUAGGUUUUUUUUUUUAAUUUUUAAAUUGGCAUUGUGCCACGGUUAUUUGAGUGAAAAUGAAUUGUAUUUUUCGACUAAAACUUGUGUCGAUGUAUUAAUAUAUUGUUCGAUUAACAAUUGUUCGUUUAUUUUAAAUUUUUAACUGGUAAAA